AUGGGAGGCGCGGGUGGCGGAGGCCGGGCGGCGCGCGCGCUGCGCCUGCUACUCCUUCUGGUGCUGGCCCUCGCCGCCGUCGAAUAUCUCUUUGGCUCCAUACUUGACGCCUCGCCGCUUAGGACCUAUCUCUACACACCCGUGUACAACGCUACACAGUCUACGAUCAAAGCCAGCGAAAAACAGCCUUGGCCCAAACUACCUCUACAAAACUCAACUCACAAUACUCCUAUAAAUAAUACUUUAAGCCAGAACAAUACCCUGAAUAUGACUCGACGAAAUGAGACUGAGCUGAGCACACCAAUUUUACUCACUAAAAUAAUGGAGGGAAUAAAAAAUUUUGUGACAACCGAAGACGGUGUGAAGUUCAGUGAACCGUCGAUGCCUCUCUGUGAUGCAAUGCCGCCGGACUUAGGACCUGUUUCCGUGAACAAAACGGAGAUUGAGCUGGAUUGGGUGGAGAAGAAAUAUCCUCAAGUUCAUAGAGGGGGACGCUAUUCCCCACCCAAUUGCACGGCCAGGCAUAAGGUGGCCAUCAUUGUGCCAUACAGGGAUCGCCAACAACAUUUGGCGAUUUUCCUGAACCACAUGCAUCCUUUUUUAAUGAAACAACAAAUCGAGUAUGGAAUUUUCAUCGUCGAACAAGAAGGUUCAAGUGACUUCAACCGUGCAAAACUGAUGAAUGUUGGCUUCGCCGAGAGUCAAAAACAGAAAGCUGGAGGCUGGCAAUGUUUCAUCUUUCACGAUAUCGAUUUGUUGCCUCUAGACUCAAGAAAUCUAUACUCAUGUCCAAAGCAACCUAGACACAUGUCCGCUUCUAUAGAUAAACUACACUUUAAGUUGCCAUAUGAAGAUAUCUUCGGCGGUGUGUCAGCAAUGACCUUGGAACAGUUUACCAAGGUUAACGGCUUCUCAAAUAAAUACUGGGGGUGGGGUGGCGAAGAUGACGACAUGUUCUACAGAAUUAAGAAGAUGAACUACCACAUAGCGAGGUACAAGAUGUCAAUAGCUCGUUAUGCGAUGCUGGAUCAUAAGAAGUCUGCACCGAAUCCUAAGAGGUACCAACUGUUAUCGCAGACAAGCAAAACAUUCCAAAAAGAUGGCUUAUCGACUUUAGAAUAUGAUGUAGUGCAGGUAGUACAACAUCAUCUAUAUACACACGUUUUAGCCAAUGUAGACGAACGCAGCUGA